UUUCAACUCAAGGAAAUUCACAGGUUUAAUGGGGAGCCGAAGAUGGUUUUUCUGCUAGCCUAUGACUAGGACGGCUUCCAAUUGGGUCACCUCUUUCCACCGACUGGAGAGGCUCCCAUUGGUUUACCAGAACAUUCGGGGAUAUGCCUCUGGCCCAAAAAGGAGAUAUCCUCUGGAUCCAGACCAUGCAGAUUACUUACCAGAGAAGCGAAUUCCUGGAACAAGGGUAUAUACAUGGGGAGUAUCAAUGCAUGGAGCUCUUGGAUCAGAGUCACUUGUGAGACCUGCAACCAGGAAGCAGAAACCUCGUUACUAUGCUCACAAGCCUUGUCGACUCUCCUUUGCUGAACAGUUCAAGGUGGUAGACAUUGCUUGUGGCUAUGGGUUUUCCCUCUUCAAAGUUGACGACAAGAAGUGUCCUGCCAAAGUUUUUGGAUGUGGCCUCAACACAGACGCCCAGAUUGGACGAGCCCAUACCCUCAUUUUGACUGAGGAUGGUAUUGUCUGGAGCCUUGGAAACAAUGGUUAUGGUCAGUGUUGCCGUCCCAUCAUAAAAGACGAAGACUAUCUCAAGUCAAGCACAAUUCAUCUUAUUCAUGGUCCAUGGGACAGUGAUGACCCCAUCACAAAUGUCACCUGUGGCCAGGAUACCAGCUUUUUCCUCAGCAAGAAGGGUCAAGUGUUCUCCUGCGGUUGGGGUGGAGAUGGUCAAACAGGACUAGGGCAUUGCAAUAGUGUCAGUCAUCCUAGCCUCAUUAAGGGGGAUAUUGAGGGUGAAUGUAUCUCCAAGAUCUCUUCUACCUUUGACACCGUCUUAGCCCUUAGUGAGAAGCAGGAAGUGUUUGGCUGGGGGAAUUCUGAGUAUUGUCAGCUGGAGCCAGGUGGAAUCAAAGAGAUGAGUUGCAGUGUCCCUGUUCAAUUGAAGUUCCAGCCAGAAAUUGGGAAGAUAGUUGACAUUGCAGCUGGUGGCUCCUUGGUUGCAGUUCUCAAUGGUAAG